GGUUUUAAGACCAGAGUUCGAACCCGUGCCUUGAGGACUUGAGGGAUUAGACUAGCUAAUAUUUCAUAUCAAAUCUCUCUGAUUAUCUUAUCCAUCGGGAUACAUAUACGGAACGUUGUUGGCACCGUAUCAUUGCUUGCCUCACCCACAUUGCACUGAUAUUUGAUGAUUCGGUUCAUCCGCAUUUAAUUAUACCGAUAAUCUUAUCCCUCUUCGGAAAGCGCUGGGACGACAGGAGACCACAAUAUGGCACUGAACUACAAGGAAACAAAGUUGGUCAAGGAUACGAUCCCGGCUCUACGUCAACAUGGAGAACACAUAGCGACUGUCUUCUACAAGACUAUGCUACGUGACCACCCCGAACUCCACAACUACUUUAACACUGUGAACAUGCACACGGGAAAGCAGCCGCGAGCAUUGACGAGUCUUAUCUUAGCUUUCGCAUCUAACAUCGUAAAUAUCAGCGAGUUGACACCGAAAUUGGAACGAGUAGCACAGAAACAUGCGUCACUCAACAUUCAACCAGAGCAAUAUGAUAUUGUUGGAAAGUAUCUGCUCCGUGCGUUCUCGGCCGUCCUUGGCCCCGCCAUGACCCCUGACGUCAAGAUGGCUUGGACGAAGGCGUACAGUGUCAUGGCAAAGAUGUUAACGGGUCGCGAAGCCCACAUCUACCGCGAGUUUGAGAACUGGAAGGGUUGGCGAAAAUUUAUGAUUUACCAGAAAAAGAACGAGACAUUGGAGGGAAAUAUCGUCUCUUUUACGCUAAAGCCCAUCGACGGGCAGCCACUGCCGACUUUUAUGCCGGGUCAAUACAUCACUCUGAGGAUCACGGUACCUGGAAUGAAGUACGCGCAACUUAGGCAAUAUUCUUUAAGCGACGCCCCUAGCUAUGACCAUUACCGAAUCACCGUUAAGAGAGAUCAGGGAUCGAACUGGGAUUACGCCGGAGGUCAAAAUGAUACCCUGACAGUAUCAUCCGCUGUCAGUAGUGCAUCGGAUAGCAGUGUAGGCAGCGUGCAACCCGGGCGGCCCGGCGUUGUCUCAAACUCUCUUAUCGAUGAAUUCCAUGAAGGCGACACUAUCGAACUGACACACCCGUCGGGCUCUUUCUACUUGAACCCCACUAUGGAUAAUUCGAUGCCCCUAGUUCUCAUCUCUGCCGGAGUAUGCGUCGCGCCUCUUCUAUCUAUGCUCAAUACAGUUGUAGAGAAGCGAAUCAAUAGGCCGAUAUCCUGGAUCCAGGCUUCUCGACACGAUGCGCCUUUCCAGGCGCACAUUGAGAACAUGACUAAGAGGCAUCCGAACAUGAAGACCAAGUUUUUCAAGUCGAGAUUAUCUGACAGCGACGUGUUGUCGUACACUUCGAGCUUUGACAACGACUUCCUCUCCCUUACGUCCGAGGACUUAUACCUCAACAAUGGCUCAUCCGACUACUACAUUUGCGGCCCUGAGAAGUUCAUGAUGCAGGCUUCCAGCCAUCUACACAAGUACGGAGUGAAGCCGGAAAGAGUUCAAUUUGAGAUCUUCUCCGUUGGGAGCUUUGAGAUGAGGAUGGACUAAUUGAUCAUCCAAAUAUUCGAUUCAACCGGGCCGGCCUUGUACGAUCGUUCUCGGAGUCAUCAAUCAUUAAAUUGCUCCGAUCGCCCAAGUCCUAUGAGGGUCGCUAGUGACUGCGCUAUAGUGUGUGGCACAGAGACGAGUGAGGACGUCCGGCGCCGAGUUUGAAGGCAGAUGGAGUCAGCUUCUUGCCUCAACUAUCGGAUUCCAAUGAGUCCAAGAGAAAAGCGCGUUUAGCGGAUCAUAGUCGCAACCUUUAUCUACCUAGGUAGGUAGAGGUCUGUUCAAACCAGUUAGAGGAUCAAAUUUGGGCGGUCCACUUCAAUAAAGUGAGAACGGGGGCCC